CAUUUCUUAAACAUGGACAGCUAAUGUCUGCUUGGUGCUACCCCUCUCCUCCUCCCUUCUCUCUCUCUCUCUCUCUCUCUCUCUCUUAAGUACAGACUAGACUAAGACGUAUAUUAAACCUUUGGAACACUAUCAAAUUGUGCCAUUUUCCUGCAACAAAUGACUGAAAGAACUUUCAUAGUGAUCUUUUUCUUCUGGGCUAUCCUCACAAUCGUCACACCUACACUUAUUCUCCUGUCAGAAUCUUCAAAACCUGACUGGAAAUCCAGUGUUGAUAGAAGUAGAGGAAUGGUCAAUGCUGGGAGAACGAGUGGAUACGCAGAGAUACAAUUGGCUAGAAAGGUUACACGAUCAGCACCAAUGGAGGAGGCACCAGCUCCUGCUCCAUUCCUGGAACCGGUCUUAAGGACCAGAUGGACUAAUUUGAGAAGGAUUUUUAAGAAAAGAUUAUGAGACUGGUAUUGCUCAAAGGUAUAUAUAUCUGAUGCUGCAUUGUCACGGCUAUGGAGGUUAAUUUAUUGAAUUUGAGGAUUUAAUCUUAUAGUUCGGUCAUUAAAGAAAGAAUAAAUGUAAAAGUGGACAUCAGAGAUGUAAUCUGUAGAUAUAUACUAGUGCUAUAUAGAAAUACAAUUGCCAGAAAGUGCUUGUCCUGUAAAUGGAGUCAAUUUUCACACCAAAAGGAGAGGCAGAUUUUCUUGUCUUUCUCUUUUUACUAGUUUAUAUGCAUUUGGUCACCGACAGAUUCUCUUCAGAAAAGAAUAGAACAUAAUCUCCAUAAAAAAGAAUCUAACCAAUGAAUCAUAGCUUAUUAUA